AAUGGCGGGUACGGUUGAUGAUUCUACUGCUGACUCAAUGCUUGUAAUAAAGGAUCAACAAGUGGUCAAUGAAAUCAAUAAGGAUAUGGAUGGCAUAGAAAAGGAUAAAAAACAACCAGAAGAAGAGUAUAAUACUAAUUGUGAGCCGAGUACCAGUGCAGCAGGUACUUCGGCCGAUCCUCAAGAAGACAGUCACAAUGUUACAAUUGAUAAUCCAUUACCAUCAGAUGCACGAGUAUCGCUAAGGAAAUUUAAAAAUAAUACCCAACUAAAGUUAUUGUUUGAAAACGCUCGAUAUUUUGUCGUGAAAACUAAUUGCAGAAAAUAUUAUCAAUCGAUCAGAUCGAACUACUGGCCUACUGAUUAUUGGAAUAAAGUAAAAUUUAAUACAGCGUUCAGAUCAUGUAAACAUGUGUUCUUGAUAUUUUCGCAUAAAAAGAGCCGCCAGUUUUUAGGAUUUGCUAGAAUAUCUGAAGGGUCGUACAACGUGUCGCCUUUUACUCGGGUCCGAGAAAAUGGGACAAACGUUUCUGGUAUGUUCAAGUUUGAUUGGGUUUCAAAAAAGAGACUACCAUAUCGAAACACAUUGCAUCUGUACAAUUGCUCUGGAAAACCCGUAUCAAAAUCUCGCAAUGGUGAAGAAUUGGGCAAAAAAUCUGGCAUGAGGUUAUGUUUAAUGUUACUAAUAGGUGAAUCAAUAGAUUUACAAUAUAUUUUGAACAAAUCUGAUAUCCAACAACGGAACAAAACAACAAACCACUCACGGCGACACCUGAACAUUGAUCGUCCAACCAAUAUGUCUUCGCGGGUCCCAUCACUUGGUCAACCAUCAAAUACUAAUGCAAGAGUACUUGAAUUACGUCAUUACAGUGAAUUCGUUUCUUAUCAUGUCUACGAAUUGUGAAAAUUAAAUUCCACAUAAAAAAUG